UUGAGCCCAAAACUGUAAUGUUUCAUUAAUUAUUGUUGCUCCAUAAUCAGAUCGGAAAAAUCAAGUCUUAAUUUUUACAGCUUUCAGGGUGCUUAUCCGUUGCUGCUGUUGGCAUUUUGGCAAAUUUUAAAUUAUGGGACAUUGCUUCUCUAGGGAUAAGUCUGAUGACACUGAUUCAGAUCAGGCUGUUGAGUUUGUUGGUGGAAAUGUGCAUUGUGUUACCUCCAAAGAGGAUUGGGAUCAGAAGUUGUCCGAAGCAAAGAGAGAUGGCAAGAUUGUAAUUGCAAACUUCAGCGCAACAUGGUGCGGGCCUUGUAGAGUGCUUGCACCAUUUUAUUGUGAGCUCUCAGAGAAGUACCCUUCUCUGAUGUUCUUGUUGAUAGAUGUUGAUGAACUAACCGAUUUCAGCACUUCAUGGGAUAUUAAAGCCACUCCUACAUUUUUCUUUCUGAAAGAUGGGCAGCAAAUUGACAAGCUUGUCGGAGCAAACAAGCCAGAGUUGCAGAAGAAGAUUUCUGCUGUUUUAGAUUCCAUGGGGAACAAUCGGAAAUGAUCUGGUUUCAAAAAUCGGCAGUGGACAUGCCCUCUUGUUUGUGUUGCGACUUGUGAACUUUGGCUGUAAAGUGUUGGUUUGUUAUAUAAUUGGGAAUGCCUGGUUUUUCAA